AUGUAUGUCAAAGUAGAAACGGAACGUUUAACUUUCAUUAGGUUGAAUCAAGCCAAACUGCGUUCUGAGGAGUACAUCCAUUUACGUGAUGCAGUUAGUACUGAAGGAAAUGCAGAUAAUAUUGGUCGAUUAACUAUUCUGCCGGCGACGUACAUUGGUAGUCCACGUCAUAUGCAUGAAUAUGCGCAAGAUGCAAUGACAUAUGUUCGUCAUUACGGUCGGCCAGAUCUAUUUAUUACUUUUACCUGUAAUCCAAAAUGGAUAGAAAUUAUUCAAUUGCUGCUUCCCGGACAAACAUCAAGUGAUAGACACGACAUCACAGCACGUAUAUUCAGGCAAAAAAUUCGGUCCCUGAUGAACUUCAUUGUUAAACAACGCGUCUUUGGAGAUACUCGAUGCUGGAUGUAUUCAAUCGAAUGGCAAAAGCGAGGCCUGCCGCACGCACAUAUUCUUAUUUGGUUAGCCGAAAGAAUUCAACCUGACCAAAUAGAUGAUAUUAUAUGUGCCGAGAUUCCUGAUCAUGAAGCCGAUCCAGUCCUACAUGAUGUUGUUAUUACAAAUAUGAUUCAUGGACCGUGUGGCGCCAUCAAUCCCCAAUCACCUUGCAUAAUCGAUGGAAAGUGCUCUAAACGAUAUCCACAGAAAUUUACGGCGGAGACCGUCACUGGUAACGAUGGUUAUCCGCUGUAUCGGCGUCGAUCACCAGAUGACAACGGUGGAACUGUCACAACAAAAGUGAAAAGAAUGGAUUUCGUUAUCGACAACAGUUGGAUUGUUCCAUAUUCGCGACUUAUUUCUAAAACGUUCAAGACACAUUGCAACGUUGAGUAUUGCAAUUCAGUAAAGUCCAUAAAAUAUAUUUGCAAAUAUGUCACGAAAGGCAGCGAUAUGGCGGUUUUUGGAUUGCAAUCCUCAAAUACCAACGAUGAAAUUUCACGCUAUCAAGUUGGUCGUUAUGUAAACUGUAAUGAAGCGAUUUGGCGUAUAUUCGCAUUCCCAAUUCACGAACGUCAUCCUACUGUUGUGCAUUUGGCAUGCAUUUGGCGGUGCAUCUGGAGAAUGGUCAACGAGUAUAUUUCACGGCUUCGAAUGCUAUGCAACGUGCUGAAACACCUCCAGCAACUACAUUGA